UUGAAAGACGUUACUUGUCAGCCAUUAAAGUGCAGAUGUUGUAUUUAUCUAAGUUUCAGGUCUCAACAAGUUCAGCGCGCAUUUUUUUUUAUUUUUUUCAUUAUACUAAAUAAUUUCUUUAGCCACCUCGUUUGUUUAAUUAUUAAGUUUUUUUUAUUCUGAAAAAGUGCUAACUUUGUAAGUGUUAAUAGGUAUUUAAAAUUAUUAAUUAUUUUACAUACUUUUUAAAGUCAUAGUGAGAGGUUAAAAAUGUGUAUGGUGGUAUAGCGUCUAAUGUAUAUAAUUAAUUGUUUCAAAAGUGCUUUAUUAUCGAUAAAUCUUUAAUACUGAUAUUAAUAAACUAAUAAUAUCUAAUUUUUUUAGUAAAUAAAUAUUAAUCAUGGAUUCUGCGACUAAAAAAGCAGUUAAAGAUAUGGUUCUGACAAAUCUAACAAGUUUUGAAGAAUUGUACAAAAAAGAAAUUGAAUUGGCAAACGAACGUUAUGAGAAAAAAACUGAAAUAUUAAAAAAUUUAUUCCAACAAAUAUAUACUCCCAAAUCAGGAUGUUUGAUGCCAAAAACUCCAAAAGUUACACGAAAGCGUAUUCAAACUAUUCCGGAAGAUGAAAUCGUUACUGAAUCAAUUGUUAAAAAUAUACAGAAUAGUAGUAAUGAUGCAGAGUCAGAGGACGAACUACCUACUCGAUCUAAACGAGGGGCUUCUAUAAAAGCAUCACAAAAGAUAAAAAGUCAACAGACUUUAACAUUAAAUUCAAAAUUACGUAGGCCAAAAAAUUCUGAAGAGAUUGCAACGUCUCAGACAUCUCGAACUCGUCCAAUGAAACGAAUUAAAACGUCUUCGAGUGAAUCAGACGAGGAUAUUGGUCGAAAACCUGCAAAGCAAAAUAAAACAGGAGAGAGUUUAAUACGUACUUCGAAAGUGGUUAUAAAAGAAGAACCAAUGUCAUGUACAGAACACGAAGAUGAAGUGGAGCCAGUUGUUACAAAAAAGAGUAGUUUAACAAAAGAAACAAGUUUACCAAGACAAUUAAGUCUUAGAUCGUCUAAACAAUUAUCUAAUCAGAAAAAUACGCCAGAAGAGUCGAAUGUAAUUGAAGAAACACUUAUUGAAAAUGAUACUAUGAUCACAGAACCAUCUAUGUAUGAAGAUGCACUUGGUAAACCAAAUAUUGCGAAUUCAACAAUGAUUCCCAAUACAACUGUUACAAUUGAUAAGAAAAUAAUGAAUGCUACGGUAGUAUUAAGUAAGAUGAAUGAAACAGUAACGAUAAGUAGAAAUUCAUCUCAAAAUCAUAAGAAAUUAUCUAAUGAAGCAAUUCCCUCGGUAUUACAAUCUAAAGCACAGCUACACCAUAAAAUGUCGGCUUUGAAAACAACUUUGGUUACUCCACAAUUUAAUGAACUUAUAACAGAUGAUGAAUCAUCUGACUCAACUGAUGAAUUUGGUAGAUUGAAACAAUCAAUAAUAAAAUCGUCACAUGAUAAAACUCCAGUAAAUCAAAAACCCAAACACAACUUCACUAGUGACACAGAUGAUGAAGCAAUUUCAUCGCCUGAAGAACCCCGUUCGAAGUUACAACUUAAAUACACAAAACAUUUAAAGCCUAAACAAAAUGCAUUAUUUAGCCCUUAUGCAAAAGAAUCAGUGAAAAAACGAGUUGAAGCUUUUGAGAAAGCUGUAAUUGAUACUCCAAAUGAUAAGAAUGAAACAGUACGACUUACAAGAACCAAAACUCGAGCAAUGGCAAAAAAUAAUACAGAUGCACCAAAAACACCUAGUGUUUCUACCAUAUUAGCAAGAAAAUCAUUAAGUAAAGCUAAAAAAAUAAUUAGAGAAAAGGAACAAAGAGAUCAUGAUGCCGAAAAAGAAAAUAAUUUAAUGAAUACAGCACAAAAACUUAAAGUUCUUAAGAACGAUAAAGUAGCACAAAAGCAACAGCUGCGGACUACUCCAAUAAGUAAAUCUCGUCUUAAAACACCUAUGUCCGUAAAUCGUAUUCCUCAAACGCCGUCUAACAAUCACUUACUUCCACCAUCUAAAGCUGCUACUACAUCCCGAACUCACAAUAAUAUUUCAUCCACUGAAGUGAUGAGUGCAUCUAAACCUAUUAGUAAAUCAAGUUCAACGGACUCUUUGGUUGAAAAACGCCAUAAAGUUUCAAUGGAAGAAGAUGCACGAAGGAAAAAAGAAGAAGCCUUGAAAGCACAAACAGAAGAAAAACGACGAAAACGAGAAGAAAAGGAACAAAAAAUAAAAUUAGCUCGAGAGGCAAGAGAAAAAUUGGAGCAAGAGAAAAGACUCAAACUAGAGAGAGAAAAGGAAGAGAAAGCUCGCCAGGCCCUGAUUAUGCAGGAGAAAAUGCGUGAGGAGGUAGAAAAGAAGAAAAUUGCUCAGAAUCAAAGAGCUAUGGAGAAAGAGGAAAGGAGGAAACGAGAAGAACAAUUGAAAUUACAGCGUAUUCAAGAACAAGAGGAGCUAGAACGAAGAUUGGCUGAACAAAAACGACGAGAACAAGAAACGGAACGGCGUCGGCAAGCUGAAGCACGAGCUCAACAGUUGGCUGCUGCUGAGGCAGCUAAGCUUAAACUACAAUUCCAAGCUAAAGUCAAACAAAUGCAAUUGAAACAACAGGAGGCUGAAAUGCAGGGUCCAUUAUCUUAUAAAAUUGAUAGUGAACCUGAUGAUGAAUCAGACAGUGAAAGUAGACCGAAAUAUACCAUUCCAUUUUGGGCAAAAGCGGAAUGUCGCAAAGCUCAAUUGGAAAUGCAACCUUAUAUACCAUCCAAUGUUAUAAUGAAAUUUUUCGGUGUCAAGAAAACUACACCGAAUUUAGCUGAAAUAUUUGUUGGGAUUGAAAAAAAACGGCUAGUAAGAACAUCAAGCGCUGUAUGGAAAACUCCACCACGUUUUUCCAUGAUGGAGGAUUAAUUAAAUAUAUUUUAAUCAUUUGAUCGUUGAGAGUACUUUUAUCUGUUAUAAUUAUUUAUUAAAUUUAAACAAAUGUCAUAUUAAUUCAUUUGUCACAUUAAUUCAACAAAGUAAAUUGUAUUUUCAUGGAUUAUCUUGCUUACCAUACUCUGAUUAGAUUGUAUUUUAAUAAGAGAAUUUAUACCUUAAUAAUAAGAUUAUCAAUAAUUAUAUCGAUAACAAUUUGAAAGAUGCAUGUGGGAAUAUUUUAGUGUGAAUUGUUGUAAACUU